CCAAAAUCGCCCCCAAAAUUCUCGAAUUUUCCCUCAAAUCCCCUCCGGGGACCCCCCCGCGGCCGCCAUGACUUUGUUUCAUUUCGGGAAUUGUUUCGCCCUCGCGUAUUUCCCGUAUUUCAUCACCUACAAGUGCAGCGGCCUGUCCGAGUACAGCGCGUUCUGGCGCUGCGUCCAGGCUGGAGCCACCUACGUUUGCUGCCCCUCCCCCCAGAUGCUUUUUCUCGCCACUUUUUUCCCAACCUGGGAGGGGCCCUCGGGCGGCUACGACCUGGUGGGGGAAUUCCUUCGUGCCACGGUGGACGCGGCCGAUCUGGGGGGGCUCCAACUCGCCCUGGGCCGGGGUGGGGGGAGGGGCGAGCUCCGAAUCCUCGUGGCCGCCCUGGGCUGGGCCAGCGCCGAGCUCCUCACGGCCAGGUGUGUCCCGCUCUGGGUGGGGGCCCGGGGGGUGGAGUUCGAUUGGAGGCACCUCCAGAUGGGGCUGGACUCCAACAUCAGCCUGGUGCGUCACGUGGCCGCGGCCGCGCUGCUCUGGGCCUCGGGCCGCCAUGACCUCCCCUCCCCCCUCCGCUUGCCCCUGGGGGGGCUCCUGGUGGCCACGGCCUACGAGGGCUUCCUGAUUGG